AAAUGUCAUUUGGAAAAAUGAUGAGAAAGCUGCCCCAGAUUUCCUCAUCUCGGCCCCAGACUCCUGCCCACUCUGCCCCCUCAUGCUCUCGUUUUCCAACCCACUUUCCUCUCCUAUCUAACUCUUGUGACUUUCAGACUGUUCCCCAGCGCCAUCUACCUCUCUCAGCUUACUGCCCUACCACUUUACCUCCUCUGACUAGAACCAUCCCUUCUUGCCACCCUACCUCACAGGUUUCCCUGUCCAAAUCUUCCACUGUUCGCUCCAAACCAUCCACUCGCCGCUCUAGCUCUAGUAAUCUUGCUCCUCUUUCCUUUUACUCCUUUGUCUUUGCCCCUACUCCCCCUUCCAGCCCUUCUUUCUAGAUAUUUGAAGUUUGGUCCUUACCAACAUUCCAGCCAAACCCAUCCAGACUUCUGUGAUCCAUAAAUCUUAUCUUGGAGAGAUGAUUUCCUUGGGAGUGGGACAGUUCUGAUGCCAUCCAGAAUUACCAAGACUGUGGAUCUCCAGGAGACUGACCUGGUGAGCACUGGGAAUUCAAGAGAAUGCCGACCAGCAUUCAGGUUGGAAGUUGAUUUCCCUGUUAGCUGAGUCUCUGCAUCUGCUCCUAAUGGAGAGUCUCAGAGUUUAGAAGCACACUGAUGGCCUGGAAUGUCCCCAGGAAAUGACUGUCCAAGGUGAGGUCCAAUCGAGUCCAUUACCUCCUGGGUCUGCUGCUGGAUUGUGUCCUAUCCUGGCGGUAUGUGGGGUUGGUCCUAGGAACCAGGCUGGAUCUUGAGAGGCUGGGCAAGCGUCCGGAAGGCAGGGAGAAAGGGGUAAGAGCGCACCCAGCACCGCCAAAGCCAUGGCCGGACGCCAAAAAGAGAAAGUGAUCCUAGACGAGGUCCACCAGAACCAGAUCCUGCGGGAAUUAUACCUCAAAGAGCUUCGAACCCAGAAACUCUACACACAGUACCACGUGAAUCCCCUCCGCAAAGUUCACACAAUCACCAGAAAGCCCAUGUCUUGGCAUGAUAACCUGGAGGAACCUGCAGAUGCCAGGUUUCUAAAUCUUAUCCACCAUGCUGCCCUCGGGCCAAGAAAGAAAUACACAGAGACACAGACCGAAAGCCAAGAAAUUGGAUGGGACUCAGAGCCCUUGGUCAACCCGGAACGUGAUGACCGCAGGCUGAACCACUUCAGGGUCUACAACGAUAUCACGCUGUACAAAGCUAAAAUGUGGAGCUUGGGAGAAGAUGAUCGCCACAAGUAGUCUUCCAGCGGUGACGGCGGCCCUGUCUUCCAUACCCAACGUGUGUGCAGCUCAGAUGAAUAAAGAUUACUUUCAAGCCUCA